AUGGCUUCUGCCAGCUGUCUGCUGACUGAAGAUCAGUUCCUGUGCUCCAUCUGUCUGGAUGUGUUCACUGAUCCAGUCACUACACCAUGUGGACACAACUUCUGUAAAAACUGCAUCACUGAAUACUGGAAUAUCAAUGUUCAGUGUCGGUGUCCGAACUGUAAAAAGGUGUUCUUCACAAAACCUGAGCUGCAGGUGAACACUUUCAUCUCUGAGAUGGCUGCCCAGUUCAGACAGUCAGCUCAACAGAAAGCCAGCAGCAGCAGCUCAGAGCAACAAGCUGCCAAACCAGGUGAAGUUCCCUGUGAUUUCUGUACUGGAACCAGACUGAAGGCCCUCAAGUCCUGUCUGGUGUGUCUGGCCUCCUACUGUGAGACUCACCUGGAGCCUCAUCUGAAAGUUUCAGGCCUGAAGACACAUCAGCUGAUCGACCCUGUGGAGAAGCUGGAUGGCAGGAUGUGUAUGAAGCACAAUCAACUCCUGCAAGUGUUCUGCAAAACCGAUCAGAUGUAUCUCUGCAUGCUUUGCACCAUUUUCGAUCACAAGACACAUGAUGUUGUUCCUCUGAAAGAAGAAUAUGAAGGAAAGAAGGCAGAGCUGGGGAAGACAGAGGCUGAAGUUCAGCAGAUGAUCCAGAUGAGACAACUAAUGAUUUGGGAGAUCAAGCACUCAGUUGACCUCAGUAAGGAAGAUGCAGACAGAGAGAUAGUAGAAGGUGUUAAGGUCUUCACUGCUCUGAAGGAGUCUAUUGAGAGAAGCCAGGCUGAAUUCAUUGAGACAAUCAAAGAGAAGCAGAUAACUAAAGAGAAGCAGGCUGAAGACUUCAUCAAAGUACUGGAACAAGAAAUAUUUGAGUUGAUGAAGAGAAGUUCUGAACUGGAGCAGCUCUCACGCUCUGAGGACCACCUCCACCUCCUUCAAAGGUUCCCAUACCUCAAAGCUGCCCCACCCACCACUGAUUGGACAGACAUAAGCAUCCACCCAACAUCAUAUGAGGGAUCUCUGGUGAGAGCUGUGGCUCAGCUGGAGGAGACGAUCAUUAAACAGAUGAAGAAGCUGUUCGAGACUGAGCUGAAGAGGGUCAAGCGAUAUGAAGUGCAGGUGACACUUGAUCCUGAUAUUGUACAUCCCAAACCUGCUCAGUCUAAUGAUAAACAACAGGUAAAGCAGGGUCAUGAAUGCAGAUGUGUCUUAUCAAAGCAGGGUAUCUCUUCAGGGAGGUUUUACUUCCAGGUUCAGGUUAUCAGGUGGUCUACAUGGACUUUAGGAGUGGCCAGGAAGUUGAGCAACAUGAACAGAGAAACCGCUCUGAGCCCCAGAAAUGGCUACUGGACUAUAUGUUCGAUUUCAUCCAAUGAGUACUUUGGUGCUGCUGACCCUUCAGUCCUUCUCUCUCUGAAGCAGAAGCCUCAAUGGGUGGGGGUGUUUGUAGAUUUUGAUGAGGGUCUGGUCUCCUUUUAUGACGUUGAUAUUGCAGCUCUUAUCUGUUCCUUUACUGGCUGCUCCUUCACUGAGGAAGUUUAUCCAUUCUUCAGUACCUGUUCGAAUGAUGGAGUUACGAUCCACCUCCCUGAUAGCAUGUGUGUAUUACAGUGAGUAGAAACA